AUGACUCAGCGCGAUUUGUUGGCGUGUGAGUUAAGUGGCUAUGACAUACUUUAAGAAAAUUCUUUUUCUUUUCCCAUGCCCCGCUCUGUUGAGGUAUAGGUUUCUUAGAGAAGUAAUUAACCAGAUAUCGUAGAACGAACCUUUGAAACCAGAUCUGUCGGUGAUGGAGAGAAGAUUUUACUAGUGCUUCAGCCAUUCAGUGCAAAAAUUUGUAGGUAUAUUUUGGAUAAGUAUAUUUUCAAACGUAAACUGACGUUUAAAUUGCCAUCAUUCCACGCUCCAGCCCCACUUGUCACUCUCUUAAGUCAAGAAAAAUAAGUGAACUCUCUUGAUACAAUAUUUUCCUUAAUCAUUGUCAUUUUCUCCAUGUAGUUUGUUUCUCACAUUUAUCAUGUUAUGGAUAACAGAUUGUUUUAUAGUUUUCUCUUUAAGAAGGAUAAUGAAAAUAAUGAUGAUAAUAAUAAUGGUUAUGUCUUCAUCGUUCUGUCGUUUGACUUCAGUUGAUUUAGUGGCAUAUGUUUACCUGAAGGCCACUGACAACACAACUGUUCCUUCGAAAGUUCGCCACCAGCCAAAACUAUAGUGACUGUGACAUUUUUAUUAGUUAUACGUGCGUAAUGUUAUUCAUAUCUACCUUACAUUUCGUGGGAUGUUUUAAAUGAACCAGUGGAAGGAAGAUAAUUUUAAAAUAAAACAGCCUCUGGUGUUCCUCUUAUGUUAAUCAUAUUAACGUUGAUGUGAUCCUCCACCUCAGCGGAAGGCGAGCUAUGCAAGAAUGAGCCGAAUGGAGUUCAACAUAUCAUCACUUUGCUUUAUUUUAACCUUUUUAGAGAGCACUCUGUUCCAUUUGGAUAACCAUUAAAACAGUAAGGCAAAAAACAAAACAAAACAAAACAGAACAAAACAAAAAAAGCCUCUGACAGUACAACAUCAACGGAAUUUUCCAGCGCGCCACGAGUUUUGAAAUUCGGUGUAGAACUCACAGGACAAGUCGAGGGGAAGGAGUAACUGAUCUCAAAACUGACACUUAAAAGUAUAUGGCGGCUCGGCAAAUCAUUGUUAGACUUAAUCGCGAAACCUGCAAUUAAUGCCAGUACUUUACCAUUUAAUGCAGCACUCUGCGUUAUUGCUACUAUAAAAUGAGAAGUUUUUUUAAAUACAGGCUAACGUCUCAAAGGAAAUCUUGACCUAGCUGUUUGUUACGUGCAUGUAUACGGAUCUUCAAAUUAGUAUCCGGGCAAAGGUUAUAGACGUAAGUAUUCCGUUUAAACCGGGAAUUUUCAGAGUCUCUCCGUGCAACUAUUGAACAGUAUGUCAUCGCAUUGGUCUUUGGCCUUUCUUUAAUUUUGGAAAAUCAUAUGGGGUCUAAACAAAAUCAGCUUGAUCGGAUCAAAGAGUGUCAGAUUGACUUUGCCUGUAGAGGUUCUAACUCUGUAACACGCGAUAUUCUCGAUAGUUAUUUGCUAUUGCUGAAUAAAUCCUUUGGAUUAACCUACAGGUAGAUCCUUAUGUACUGUGUAUGAUUGUCGACCAUUCAGUCAAAAAUAUCUUCGUACUGUAGCUCUAAAAAUACGAACCAGUAUAGCCUUCCAGUAAAAUCCUUUUUAAUAGUAUCGUAUAUUUAGAUGAGACACCGGCGUGUUGUUUAACUUCCCAGUGAGAAAACAGCUGAUAAAUUUUAGAUUAAAAAAGUGCAGAGGAAUGUGUUGCACACAGCAACAGUACAAUGUAAUACUGAAGUGAUGACUAUUUGACUAUUUAACGGCAAGAACUCACAGAUCUCCAAAAUGAAAAACACAAUUCUUAAAAGUCAUCUAAUGACGAAAUGCGCAUUUCCUCCUGUCUGUGAAACAUUACUGAAAAUCCGGUGGCCAAUCAAAAAAUGGAGCAACAGAGGUACUUUAGAAUAAUGUUUUGGUUUGAAUUAACGGUAAUCAAUUUUCAAAGUCAAGAGCCCUACAACUGAAGUAAACAAAUUGAUCCAAUUUGGUCCUACGCUAAACAGUCUGGUGAAGGUCCCUUGUAAUUGAUUUAAUUGUUUUAUCAGUUCUUUAUGCUUGCUUCUGAAAAUAAGCCUCGCUCAAGUUGACUGCCAUUUUCCUUACAGAAUGAACAUGUCAAACACAAACAACACGCAGAGAGAUUGGAAACCAAGUACCCCAACUUAUGGAGUUAUCUUAUGGUGCAUAACGUACAGCCUCACAGCAGUUGGCAUAAUCUGCGCCAACGUGUUCGCCGUUUUCGUUUUCACAAUGAAAAGGCUUUUGCGUAAGAGGAGCAAUAUUCUCCUAUUGAAUUUAGCCAUCGCUGACUUGAUGGUUGGAAGCAUAGCGUUCCCAAUGUACAUUUAUAUUUUCUAUAACUCGCACAAAAGCUUCUUAUGGAGAGACAUGAUCACGAACCAUGUGUACCUCGGCGUGGACGUCUUUUCAGGAUUAUCCUCGAUGUUUAUUUUAGCAAUGAUUGCCUUAGAAAGGGCGUAUUCUGUCUACCGACCUCUAAAGCACCGCUGUGUUUCUAGGAGGUCAAGGCUCUAUUGGUUGUCUGCAGCUUGUGUUUGGGUAACAUCGGGAGUCCUUACUUCCAUGAAGAUUCUAACAUCGCUUGGAGUUCUGACCUUCUCGUAUGACAAACAUGUUAUCUUCAUAUUUGUGUCCAUCGCCUUGAUGACCAUAAUAGCCGCCCACGCUUCUAUCUGGACCAAAAUCACUAGACGAAAAGAGAACCUCGAUUUCAUAGUCAAAGAAAAAUCCAUUGCCCUAGCAAUGCUUAUAGUAACUGUCGCCUUUAUUGUGAUGUGGCUGCCGUUUUAUCUUCUUAAUGUAAUUUACAGUUUUGAUCAAAAAGCUUUGAAAUCCGUCCCCUUAAAUUUCUUUUACUUUGCUAAACUAUUGCAGUAUGGAAACUCCGUCGUGAAUCCAGUAAUAUAUACAUUGAAGCUUCCACAAUUCCGCAGGGCUCUCCGAAAAUUACAAAGCUUCAAAAGCUCUGUAAGAACAGACAAAGACGUACCACUGUAAUAGCGUCAGUAUAUUUGCAGGAGUCUUUUAAGAUAAACUCAGUGAGAUAAAAUCGAAAACUCCAAUCUCACUCAAUCAGACGUACCACUGUAAUAGGAAAUAAAACUGUAAUUUAAGAUAGAAGGUAAUUUAGAGUUAACAACUGAGUUGAAAAUGUAAAUUAGUCAAUCGCUCUGAAGAAGGGCUAACGCUCGAAACGUCAGCUUUUUUACCCUUUACGGUGGCUAAUUUACGUUUUCAACUCAGUUGUUAACACUAAAUUACCUGCUUUACUCUCCCACCGACGCAGUACCACAGUUUCUUUAGAAACUUACCCCUUUAUUCAUUUGUGUUUUAAGAUACAUCCCAGUUUUGGAAUUGUCCACCCUUUUCGCUAUUGGGUAUGUUGAUAGGAACAGAUAGCCUACUUGUAGUCGUUCCCUCCCCCUUCCCCCCCCUCCUUAGGGUGAAACGGAAGCGAGGGGCGGUUUACGAAAUACUACUGUUAAUAGAUCUCUUUGUAAUUUACAUUAAAGGACUGCAAUUAUUGGAAUAUCUCGAGUUCUGCCAAAGUCGUCGAUCGACCAAUGAUGAUAUAAGUGGGAAUAAACUGACUGCACGGUGCUUCCGUCAAGAACCACAGGACGCUUAAUUUGCUUGACUAGCUGUAAUUUCUAUUAAGUUUAGCUUUAAUGUAGGUUUCACCACAGCACCACGUGCGCAUUUUUGGUCAAUUGUUUCUAAAACCAACAUACAAAUUUUUCAUGUGCGUUAAAUCAAUUUUUUCUCCAACGACUGCAAUGAUUGUCAUCCAGUAGAAUUCUCUCGGUGGUGUCGUGUUUCCAAUAUCCAAAUGGCAUAAUGUAGAAACGUUCUCUACAACAGGACCUAUGCAGACGUCCAUAACGAAGAAAUAUAAAUCUAACUGCCAUGUUUUCCUGAUUUUGAUAUCCAAUGUCAAAAUUUGCUCUUCAGCAAGCUGUAUUAUUAUACCGUGUAAUCGCUAACUAAAGUCGGCCUAUUUCUCACCGUCUUUGAUUAAAAGGAAAAGGACCGGAAAAGUGUAACUAACAGUGAUUUGAAAACGUGAAUGACCUUAUAACAAUAAUUGAAUUGAUGUUAAAUUUAAUGCAAAACAUAUCAUCCCCACCUUUCUAUUUCAUUGUCUAAAAAAUACACUGCUCCGUCAGAAAAGAUUAAAUUUUAACACAUUCUAAAUCCAAUAUUUUAUUGGACAGUUACUGAGAAACGACGUAUUCAAGUUUGGCAUGAAAUCGGUAGCAAAAUAGCCGCUUUAAAGUUACAAUUGGCAAUUUGUUUAAAUAUCACGCAGCUUUUCUAUAUGACUUCCGACGGGACAGAAAAAAGAAAACAAUCAUGAUAACAUUGUUAUUGUAGCUUUAUUUCGCUCGAUUGCUUGGACAUUGUUUUUCUUCUUUCUUAUUUUGACUGGCUGAUCAACAAUUGCUUCGAUCAUUUCGCCAAGAAAAUAUCAGACUUUUUUUUCUCUUUAUUUUGGAUAACUAAAGCAUUGUGAUAUAUUUUUAAUAGAAAGCACCGAAACAAAUGCUGUGUUACGUUUUCGCAUGCAAAAAGAUUCGUCGACCCGAACUUGCUAAUAAAAACUAAACAGAACGAAGAUUAUUUGAAUAAAGUUUUAAUUGUCAAAGGGAGCAAUACAUUGGCAAAGCGAAAUACUGACGGAAAUGUUCACAUCGAAAAAAUAAACAUAAAGAUAUUAAACUUAUUAGUUUAUCACAAUACACUCUCUUGAUACGAGAGCGGUGUGCCAAUUUGACGACGAAACAGGAGUCCUCGCUACUUACCUAGUCAUAACACCUGCAAAUCCAAUUGCCAAAUUUGCUUUUAGUCAAAAUGUGAAGAGGCGAUGCACUUUACUGGCCUUUCAAACAGCGCAUUUAAGCCAAAAAAAUUGUCGUUGCUAUUUUUAACUACAGCUAACAUACAUACAAUAACAGGGUUUUAGUUUGUGUUAAUGGAAGCAUGCCGCUGUGAUGAAAGGACACCUAAAGGCGCUUUAGUCAACGCGGAUACAUGGAGAAAAACAUCACCGAAACACGACCGUGAAAUUCUCAUUUCUGGAACUAAUUUCACCCAGGUAUGUAAAUAUAGAUUUGUUAGGAGAUUGCAGUCGUUCAAUAAUGACGAGUUCAAUGUACACUUUCACGCUCUUCAUAAUAAGAAUUUUAUUUUUUUUCUUUACCCACAAUCCCCCGCUGUUACGGUCAAUAAAGAAAUAUUUAAGGAAUACAUUUGCCGCAGUCUUGCAUAGUUCGUAAGACGUUACCGCGUGAGCCAAACAACAAAGCACAGAUGGUAACAGCUGCUUUAGUAAUAUACAUGUGAACUCCGCUUAACGGAUUGAUCGUUUCUGUUGCCUUUCAGAUUGAAGCUCGAUGUUAACCUGAAGAGUUCCUGUUAGGCUGGCAAAGCGAAGUUGUUUGCACCAUCCAUUUAAAUACGGUCAGUAUUUGACUUGCUCAUUUACACUUCUUUCGAGAGAAAGUUGUGAGGCGAGAAACAAAAUAUCAGAAUGCAUUGUUCAUCUCCUUUAUUCCUGUUAUCUAAGCUUUGACACGUUCGGUGAGGAAAUCGUUAACGAUGUAUAAGAACAGCUCAAGACAAUUGGAACAAGUGAACUACAGUUUUGAACGCCGGGCAAGACAGAAAUAAGAAUGAACUUAUCGCCGCUUGUUCCGGCAAACUCAAAAUAGACAGAACCAAUUGAUGUUUAUGCAAAAUGUGUUGAACACGUCGACAAAAUAACUCAUUUAAUGUAAUGAAUACCACUAAUCUGUAUUUUACUGAAAUUUGUUCACACUUGUGUUUUAGCUUGGUUUGGUCAUGCUUACUUAGUUAGACAUGAACCGUGAAUUUUACAUACAGCGAGAACUUAUGUUAAAGCUAAAUCGUUAAAAGAUAAGCCCAUUACUGAAUCACUCGUAUCAAACUCAAGAUAUAUGUGUCUGCAGAUUUUAAUGUUUUAUAAAAGUCUAGCAAUUUCGAAGCUUAUCUUGGUCCACAAAUGGUUAUGUUAAAACGAGAAGAACAAAAUAAACUAAAUGACGUUGUUUCAACUCGCCAUUUGGCGAUCUUUGCCUUAUUACGAAAGCAAUCAGUAUCUGCUCAAAUCUUCAUUGUGCAAAAUGUGAAUUUCUAUUUAAACAUUAGCCCCCCAAUAUAAAUUCCGUAGUUUUGCUUUCUAUGGACAUUUUUAAUUGCUAAAACUUUCUUCGGGUAACCAAUAAAUUUAGCCACCUCAUAAAUCAUGCAUUGUUUAUUUUUUUCAUAAAACUUGACCGAGAUUUACGGUGUUAUUCACGCUGAAAAUUUGCAUAAAUCUUUCUUCUGUUAAAAAUCGAUUAAUUUUAAGGAGGAAUAUUACCGGAGCGAAAGGUUAAAUUUGUGCUUUGUAAUAGAUGAAAGGCAGGAAAAUUUAUUUAUGUGGGUCAUGCAACAUAAAAACGUAGGGCGAAACCUUGUUAGAAGCCGGUGAAAAGUGACAAUACUUUAUCAAACAAUUCUGCAUAAACUAGUGAACAACAUAUCAUCCUAUUGAAAAGAAAAACACACAGACUUCGUAGGUGAAAGCUGUCACAAGUGUUUGUCGCUACGUAUACGACAUAUGAGUUUCAUUAACUAACUUCUCCGGAGACUGCGUUUGAACGUCGUGUUUUUUUUUUCCAUAUUAAAGGAAACUUCUGAUUCAGAAUAUUUACUUUUAUACGACAUUUAAUUUGAUAUGCGUCAAACCAAAUGAAGGUUUAAAAGAAAAUGUUUUUGCCAUUCGUUUCAAUAUUAGAACAAGUGAGCAGUUCUCGGAAACUUUUGUGAAGUGUCUCUGAAAAUUUUAAAAAGAUUUUUGUCUUGUUGACGCACUUGAUGCAAGAGUGCAACUUGAUCCUUCUGUGAUCCUUCCUCAGGAGGUGUUACAAAAUUUGACAGUAAUUGUUAGAAAACGCUUCAGUAAACUGAAUUUCGGUAUCAUUUUGCGUUAUUUGAUGACAACUAAGCUCUGGCGAUGUCUCAACUGUGAAAACAAGACUGAUAUAAGGUAGUAAAACAAAUAUUUAUAGCCUGCCUUGAGCCUGAGCAUACAUUUACCCAAAGGUAUCAGUCAUACAUGACAUGUUUCACUCCCGUAUCGUGAAAUCUUAGACAUCAAAAUCGGAUGAUGAAACGAACCUUAAAAAUAAGGUUCUUUUAUAACUACAAAACGAGGCCACCCCUUAAACAUAAAAAUAAAUGAUAAAAAAGACCUUAUUACCAAAACGAAAUGCUUUUGAGGAUGAUAAUAUAGGUUGUCUAAUGUAAAACCACAAAGUUGCCUAUCACAAUUGCUUGCUUGCGUAAGUAAAAUAUCAACUAAGAUUAAAUCUCACUCGUUACGUUUCAGGAAAACAAUACUCUUAUAGAGGAAUGAAUAAUAACACUUCAGGGCCAGGUAAUUCCACAUCCACUGGGGAAGAUAAGCAGGUCAUCACCUGGUGUGUUGCAUAUGCACUCGUAACAGUCACUAUCAUAGUGAAUAAUGUGGCAGCCAUAUUGGCAUUUACAAAGUCACGCCUUCUAAGGAAAUUUGGAAACUAUUUCCUUGUUAAUCUGGCAGUGGCGGAUUUGAUGGUCGGGACAAUUGCUUUGCCGUUGUAUAUACAUUUAAUCUACAUAUCACCACCUAAAACAUCAUUAUCAACCAAACCAGGGCCUUUUCAGAUCGUACAAAUUGCUUUUGAUGUGUUUUCUGGAAUGGCAUCUGUCUUCAUACUCACCGUUAUUUCUUUUGAAAGGGUAUGCGCCAUAUUUUGCCCUCUACGAUAUCGCAGCCUUUCAAAAGCAACCUAUCUCAUUGUAUUAACAGAGGUAUGGAUUCUUGCGGGAGCUCUCACAGGAAUAUGGCUUUUGACUGUGUUUGACUUCAUCCAUCAUAAUAUCUUUGCGUAUAGUUUGGCUAUUUUAUCUUUCACAUCGCUUACGUUGAUGAUAGCUUCUUACGUCGCUCUAUGGCUGAAGAUCAAAAUCUGGAGCCGCAAAACUCAACAGCGAGCGACAGGAGAAAAAGAACGCAACUUAGCAAUGGCCAUCGCUAUCAUAACUGCAGUAUUCUUGUUAACCUGGUCACCAUUUCAUAUCAUGAAUAUCUUGAUAAACUUUAAAAAAUCUCUCCUAGAUGGGAUUCUCUAUGAAGCCAUCUAUUUUGCAAAGUUCUUACAUUACAGCAACUCGAUUGUUAAUCCAGUGAUUUACUGUUAUAAAAUCUCUGAAUUCAGAAGAGCAUUGAAGUCCUUGAUUUCAAGAAAACAAAAGAAAAGAGAAACGCGAGUUUGAUUCAAGUUCAGUAAAAGUUGUAGAAAUAUUAUAAUAAUAAGCCCUUGAUUUCAAGAAAACAAAAGAAAAGAGAGACAAUAGUUUGAUUCAAGUUUAGUAAAAAUUGUAGAAAUAUUAUGUCUCACGAAGAGGAGGAUAACGAUACGAUUCAACGCAUAUAUUAAUCGAAGGCAGUGUAAUAACUAAGUUAUUUACUCAUGAACUUACAUUUACUCAUUUCCUAAAUGUACAUACCAUACGCACGUUCCUGAUCUAUACAAUAAAUCUAAAACAAAGGCCAUUUUACUUUACCCGGCUUCAGAAUUUAUGCUUGUUUUUAGACUUGGCUUUUGCAAGUUGUACCUGAUUUGCCAAUCCAUCAAACUUUGCAUGAUAAGCUCAAUGGCGUUCUAAUUUGUUCUUAUCCAUGAUCCGUAAGAGGACAGACGCAAAAAUAACGUCACCAUCAAAAACUCCGAAGCGCUAACGUUGGAAACGUCAGCUUUAGAAACUCUUACGGUGACCAAAUUACAUUACCAACACAACCGAAUUAAAAUUAAGUGGCGAGAACUUCACAGACUUACUUUACUGCGCCUCGUGCGCCAUUUUUUGUUCUUACCAAAUUCUGACGUCAACUGUCAUCACUGAGCAGACGCUCGGCAACAUGGAAUUACUAAACAGAUGCACAGCAUCAUGAAAUCUAUUUGUCACUCGUUAAAGUGCAAAUAAACUUCUUAUCAGUGCCGAAGUCAGGAAUUGGUAAAAUCUUCUCGAAACUCAGCCCGAAGAGAUAUUCUCUGGUUACUCCUUUUUCUCUUUCUUUUCAUUUGGAGUUUUAAAGACAAAUUCGCUCACACGCUUUCGCGGUAUCGUUUAAACCAUUUCAAUGGUAAUCUUAAGAGGAUUAUCUUGAGACUUUAAUGGGUUACAAAUUAUACUUUAUGGGUGGCGGAGAGACCCAAGUUCUACUGACUCCGGAUCCGUCUUGGAUUAACUUACAUCCUCAAUAUUUAAACUCCAAGCUUCAGAAAUUCGGAAUCCGAACUUUAAAAGCUUGUAUUUCAAUCAGUCUACUUUCCUCAGGUAAAAAAAGUUUAAUUACUAAUGUUGAUAAAGGUAAUUUGGUUUUAUCAACUAGUACUGAGUUGAUAAUGUAAAGUGGCCACGGUAAAGAGUUUCUUCAGCGGACGUUUCGAGCGUUAGCUCUUUGUCAAGGUGAGGUGAUGACAAAUAUUAAAACUUCAACUUUGGAGUUUCAUCCCUUUGUCGAAGAAAAAUUUGAAGGCAAUUUCGCGUCAACGAGCGUGAAGGGGCUAAUUCACAUCACUUAAACGUUCCUUGCAUUCUCUGUUGGUUGCCAAAGUAACUUAAUAUUGAUUACACUGCAGAAUUCAAGAACUCUUCUGUUUCAUAGGCGCCAGAUACAACAACGUAAUGACAUAAGAGAAUGGAUAGACCGAUUACAGACAAACAAUUCCGAUUUCAUAAACCUGAGAACAAAACAUUUGAUUCUCCUCUUUCAAGUGAUGGAGGCAUUCAUGAUUGGCUGAAAAUCAUUUUACUGCUAAUUCAUAACGAUCUAGCCAAGUUUGAUAUUCCACUUGCGAGCGCGUUGUUUCACCACCUACGUCAAAAAGGAGAUAUAUGUAGGUAUGACAACAAUAAUUUGGUGAUUUAUUAAUUAAAAUCUGUCCCUUAUAAACAGCUUUUUGUUGACACCUCAUAAUCAAUCAGACCUGUUAUUUCGAGGUGAUAGGUUUACCAACAAAGACUUCCGCUCUAAAAUUAAUUUCCUUUAAGGUAAUUGCUCAAUCAGGAGUUAUGAAAGCAAUUUCUAAUGAAAAAUACACAUUCGUAUUUGAAUAAUGCUUGUGUUCAGACGUAAAAUAACUCUAGUCGUCUAUUUGUGUAAUCAAGUUGUCUCUAGAACAUUGUUGAUAAUAAUAUCAACAAUAAUAGAAAUAAAGUGAUGCCCCAGAAAUCCAUGCGAAUCAGUCAUAUUGCGCUCCUUCAGGAUUAAUCCAUCUGAUUAUUUAUUAAUUGUAGUAAAACAUGUCCAUGAAACACCUGUGACAUCUAAACCCUCCGAUUGAUGAAGCACGAUUUACCCUAAACUAUGCUAAUUAAAAGUCUCAGGGCGGCAUUAUUUGGGCACGAUUAUAAAGAACUUGUAAGAAUAAAUAAACAGAUAUAGAAAUACAAACAAAUAGCUGCAGAUUAAUUAGGAACUCGUACACCUUUAAUUGGAAAAGCAAAUGACACAGUUUAGUGAAUCAUUUUCUCGGCGAAUUUGAUCAAGGGGUUGACGGUUUUGCAACUUUUUUUCAUCCAAGAUACGAGACGCAUAAUUGACUGAGCCAAAGGAUUAUUUUUAGCCUCGUAUUCACAGCGGGGCGUUCAUAAUGACUAUACCUACCCCAUUAGUAUAAAAAUAGUCGUUGUUACCAGUUUGGGCGCUCAACCCAGAAUGCUGCGUCUCAGCUGAUAAGACUAACGCAAGGUAUGUUCAGUCGGGAACACAUUGUGAGUGAGAAAGUUAAUCGAAAGGUAGUAGUAGUAGUAGCCAUUGCUUAAAACUAAUACUCCGCAACACUGCUAGGUAAACUGUGUGUUUUGAUAUUACACAUCAUACGCUUAUGUAACCUAUCUGGCUUUCGUUCGUUUGGAGGAAAUUUGGUAAGAGAAUCUUGAUAUUUGUUCAUAACCUCUUUGUAAUUCUUCCUAACCCGUUCCUUAACGAUAACAAGCAUAGUGGGCCAGUGCGAUACUCUCAAUUUCUCUAUGAUAAAUAAUUCGUUCAUUCGAGACUGUAUUUAUUCCGAAUUGCUUUUGUCUCCUUCACUAAUUGGCCAUUUUACGGAUGUCGUAUAAGUUCAACUCCUUGCAAACAACGAGAGUUCAUUUAUCCGUGCGUAUUCAGGCGCACAUGGCUAACUCAGAGAGAAGGAUAGCUGGAUCUACUGACAUUUGUAUCUUCUCAGACUACGUAAAAAAUUUAAUUCUGAUUUACAAUGAGAUAAACUCAGAGGUUACAUGUUCUGAGCACUUCGAUGCAAGAACGAAUUUGUAAGGCCUUCGGGCGAUAAGUAAAGGGCGAAUUAUUUUCUUUCCACCGGAUACAAAAUUGCUUUGCCUUCUUAAGUUCCUGAGAAGUGUUGAGCAUAUGUUUAGUUUCAUUUGUGAGAACAUCGUCAUGUCAAAAUGCUACCGUUUGAAGUGCGUGUUUAUCGCUGCACUUUUCAAAACAGUCUAAAUAUUUGAGUCGAUCAAAUUAUUCCAUAAUUUCACUAACGUUCGUCUAAAUGGUCAAAUUGUAAUAACAAAGAGCAAGAUGGAUUAGAAGUCCUUUAACUCUAAAAGGAGUAAAUAAACUUGAUUUCCGGUGAAGAAAACAGAAUGCAUGCAAUAGAAUUUAGUCGUGUGUUGGUUAGGCCAAUAUGUAACUCCCAGGCAAUUAUCUGAUACGAAAGCAGGCAUCAGAAGAAAGUAUGGAAAGUAUAAUAAGAGGUAUUGCCGCUUAAAAACUUCAGUGGCCGUAAAUUUUGCUUUAAAUCAGUUGAUUACUUUACCGUGACUAGAUCUUGGGAAAUGUUACCCCCUACGGUUGUCUCCUUGAAGGGUAUCAAUGCUGACCGCGAAAAAGAAAUUUAACGUUUUGAAUUUAAAAAACCAAUGUAAUUUUAAAAAAUACAUAUAAGUAGCUCUCAACAUGGAAAAAUUUCUGACUCCUGUUGCCAUUCGUUAAUCCGUUUUGAAAUGAAGGAAACAAUUGUUAUAUUUAAUACUUAAAUGCGAAUGAAUAAAUUCCACUCUCAAGUUGUCAAAACAGAUUUAAAAUAACGACAGUACUGAAUCGGCCAGACUUAAGGCUAAGAAAGAAUUAUAAAUUGUUUACACCGAACCAUUUCCUAGUUGAUGUCAAAUCUUGCAACGGAAUGGUUCGGUUAGGAACCGGUUUAUUUCUUGUGAUGGACUUGAUAUCUCGCAUAGACAAUGUCGCCCGGCCUGCAUAGCGUAAUAUUAUGUGUUAAAUGAUAAAAUUACAAUUAUAGUUAAUCUGCAAUAUCGUAAGGGUUUCCUUGUUGGAAAAAAGGAAUGGAAAUAUUUUAUUAUUUUAAGUCAUUUAAUGCAAAUUAUAAUCAAAGUGCUCUGUGAGCAAACUCGUGAAUUAACACAUGAUUUUUUGGAUUAUGUUUAAUGUUACCUGGUUUAGGGAAUUUUGUGGUUGAUUGUCAUAUCAAGAGUACGAGCAGUAGUUCAGUGUUGAACUAGGAAAAGAAAAGGUUGGAAGUAAAUGUGAGUGAAAAGUGAAAUUUACUGUCUAUUAUUGUAAAUAUUAGAAAAUCAAGGCAAUACUGUCUUAAUGAAAACAUUAACGAUUCCCUCUUUAUCAAAUGAGACAAACGGGAACGAGUUUUGAGUGACAUAACUAAGCCAAGACUGCCACCGUCAUUUUGGAUCUCCGCCUGGGUAGAUUUUAGUCACGUGCUAGGCAACUUAUAAUCAAGAACAAGAUAGAAUUUCAUUUCAGGCCUAUUUAUCAAUUUUGUGGUGUAUAACUUUCGCAUUUUAGUACGUUAUAUUUAUUUUGAAUCUUCAAACUGUCUUGAAACUUUAAAAAAAUUGUGCUUUAAAAAUUCGCUGAAAAUCGGUAGCUAAAAUUGUUUGUUUAGGUGUUAUUUGAUUUUCGUGUUAACUUGUAAUUUCGUCAGUCGCGGCAUCUUCUGUUGCUUCACAAAGGAAAAACGCACGAUACAAAACGUAAUGAUCGAUUUUGUCCUCAAUCUCACGCCAUAACAGAAAAAGCUUUUGAACAUCUGUAAACUCAGAGCGCUUCGCAGUAAGUGAUAUUUUCAAUGAAUCUUCGGAUUGUUUUCGAGUUCAAGGAUUGUAAAUUACAAUUUUAUGAAAAACGAAGGUUGUUCUGUUAUUUCAGUGUGAACCCUUGCAUGCCUGCCAGUCGCUGGCGCCGCUUGUUGAAACUAAAACGAAAAAAAAAAACUCUUUUAAGAUUAUCAUUGGCUUCUUUUUCACCCCACCACUAUUCUUAGCAACAAAGGUCGCCAUUUCGUUUGUUUAUUGCUCGCCAAAAACUAUCAAAUGCACUCAAAAGCCUAAAAUCGAAAAAAAGGUUUACAGGAAUCGACCAAUCGAGCGAGCGAGCGAGCGAGUGCCAUUCUCCACAUCAUAUCUACGACUCGCUCUUGCGCAUGCGCGCAAUUCACGAGCUAAAAAAGGGCAGGUUUAUUACUUUGUACUCCAUCUUGAUAGUCUUUUCUCAAAGGUUGAGUUUGGUCACGUUCUUCUUGUGAGUUUGGCCACGUUCUCCCAGUGAGUUUGAUCACGUUUUCCUCGUUGUGAUCGUGAGGUUGAUAUGGAACUCGUGAUAAGCCAUGUUCUUAAUUAAGUUAAUUUGUUAGUCCAGGAAGAGUAAAUCUCCCUAGUAAUAGGUCGCGUUCGACACCUUGUUCCCAGAGGUAAUUUAAGGUGUAAACAGGUGAUACCCCUCAUGUUUCGCGAUCAAAAGCAAUUUGGGGGCGGUACUUGUGAGCGUUUUUCUUCUUUAACUCUUGUGACCAAAAUGUUGUUAUGUAACAAUCUUUUAAGGUGAUUUCCUCUUAAGAUACCCUUUCAGGUAUAAAUAAUACUCGGAACCAAGGUUAUUUGUAAUUUUUAUAUUAUCGAUCUCGUUUCUGUUCUGGCCGAUCUCAACCGUAAAGAUAUGAAAAUUAAGGUAGAAAUUGAUUUUGUAACUGCGUGAACAACUCGAAGGUGCAUACUCAGUAUGUGGGAACUGUAGUACGUAGUCAAGCGUGAUUCGCUAGUUGAGAUGGUACGAUGACGACACAAGAAGAUUGACGGCUUAGAAACGUCAGUUUGAUUCAUUCAAGUCAGAGCACGUUUAUAUGAAAUCAAAUCUUAGCUAUGCCUCAUCAAUGUUUAUACCAUUCGAUAAAUCAUAUUAUCGGCAAGAUGCAUACCCCACUAUCUCUAUUGACCCCCCUUUAAAAGAAUAUCGAAGGCAACUUAAAGAGAGUUUAGAGUUCUAUAAAAAAACGCUAAUGUACGAGUAAUUAUAUACAUAUAUAUAUUCUUUCAGUCAUCGCAAGUUUGAUCAAACGCUAUUCGACCGUGUUAAUACUUCGACAACGAGUCAUCUUUGCUGGGGAUUUCGUGUAACCCAACGUGACUCACUUCUUGUUUGUCACCUAACUCAUCAAUAUGUUCAUCUUUAAACGAUUAAUGCCUGCCCCUGAAUUACUGAAAUCAUUCUAUCAUGUUUUUUCCUUUCAGAAAAAUCUCCCUGGUUUAGCCACAGACUAACAUGAACUAUUCAUCAACAGUGAAACUGCCAUGAACAAUUCAACAACCGAGAACUCUCUUCCCACAAAACAUCUUCGCGUCAUUGCAUGGUGUAUAUCAUACGGAAUCGUAGCAGUACUCAUUACCAUUGGCAACGGCCUUACCAUUGUAAUUUUUUCAAACAAGAAAUUUCCAAGGAAAUUCGGCGGCUACUUUUUGAUGAAUUUGGCUGUCGCUGAUCUAAUGGUGGGUUCUUCUGCUAUGCCAAUGUACAUCUAUAUUGUGUACGCCCUCAGUUAUUCGUCAAUCGACAGAAGUAUUUUGCUCUUCCAAGAGGCUUAUGUGGUUGUAGACGUCUUUACUGGUCUUGCUUCUGUGUUCACACUGGCUUGUAUCGCACUCGAGAGACUCUAUGCCGUACUUUACCCAAUGACAUACCGCUGGAAAAAAACCAAGACAGGUUAUUACAAGGCUAUAACCAUGGUAUGGGUUACAUCAGGAAUAGCGUCUGUUGUUUACAUUUUAAGCUCUCGAAAUCUUCUUUUCAUUCUGCCUAGAGCAACUUUCAUUUAUUAUUUAACAAUUUUGUCUGUUCUGUCUGUUUUUGUCAUUUCUGCUGCCUACGUGACCGUUUCCGUUCGUGUUCAUCUAUGGAACAAGGCUAAAAUGGAUAUGUGUGUUUCCAAGCAGGAAAAACGCUUAGCAACCGCGUUGUACAUAGUUACGGUUGUUUUCGUUUUAAGUUGGACUCCUUUUCAUGCCAUGAACAUUAUUGCGAACUUUACAAGCACAGCUUUGGAGAGAAUACCUGUAGACCUUGUUUUCUCUGCAAAGCUGCUUCACUAUGGUAAUUCACUAGCAAAUCCUGCCAUUUAUUCUCUGAAAAUACCCGAGUUCAGAGUAGUAGUGUGGCGCAUGUUUUGUAAAAACCGGGUCAGAGAGACUCGAGUUUGA